AUGUCGCUCUAUGAAGAGUCUGAUGGUAUUCUGGAGACCCAUGUGACGUGGAAAGAUGUGGAAUCGGAUUUACAGAAGAAACUUGGAACGAAAGCGACGUUUGGAGGGAAUAAAACGGCGGUCAAUAUAAGUGAUAUGAAGGGGUUCAUGUCUCGAAUCGCUUUGGUUGAACCUGACUGGCAGAAUGUGGAGGAGGGAAAAGAACUGCCACAGAAGUUUGCGCUUAAGAUCUCAUCCCAACUGGCUCUUAUCCCAUUUUCAAAAAUGAUGAAUUACGAAGGGGGUGAAGGAUUUGGUGCAGAGAAACUGGCAAAGUUGGCGAAUUUGACAAGAGAGUGUCAUAAUCGGGAAGUGGAGAUUUAUGAGCAACUGAUCAAAUUCAACUGUCCGGAUAUUCCAUAUACUAAGGUCUACUCAUUGAAACCGUUUGACAACAGCGAUGAUCUGAAGGCAUACAUGAUUCUUGAAUUCAUUCCGAACAUCCACAGUUUUGAAAUGUUCCAACCUAUUCCCAUAGACGACCUUCAUCCACUAGUCCGUGGAAUCGCCACCUUCUCAGCUCUUGCUCAAUCUCUUUCUCCCGAAGAGACAAAGUUGGCAAUAGACAGAGAUUAUGUGGAAAUAAUGUUCAAGGAUUUCUUCAAUGAAACUGAGCAAGCCAAGAAAUUUGAAACUAUUCGAAAACUGUUUGAGGAAGACCACCCAGAGAAUGCUGAGAAGUUAAUUGAAGCCUUCAAACAUUAUAUUAAACUCAUACCAAGAUACACCAAGAUUUCUGAGAUCCUUGGGUUCAAAUUAGUUCUAAACCAUGGUGAUCUAUGGCAGUCUAAUAUGAUCUACAGUAAGAAUAAAGAUGGAAAAUUGGAGUUGAAGGCUAUGAUUGAUUGGCAAGUAGCUUCCAUAAUGCCACCUGGAUUGGAUCUUUCUAGACUGCUGGUGGGAUGUUUGUCGGCGAAAGACCGCCGGGAGAGAGGUCAAGAACUCUUGAAAUGCUAUCAUGAGACUUUCACAAGGGUGCUUGGAAAGAAAUUAUUCUCUAUCCGUGAGCUGCAAGACAGCUACAACUUGUACACUCCAAUGAUGGGUCUGAUGUUGGUUCCAGAUAUUUAUAUGUUUAUUGACAGCGCAAAGCUUUCGGAGGAGGAGAAAGUGGAGGCUCGUAAAGAAGCUAGACCAAAUAUAGUGGCAAUAAUGGAGGAUGUGAUUGAGAUUCAUGAGAAUAACUUGGUUAAUUAUCCGGAGUUUAUGAGGAUUUGA